CAUUCAUCGUGAGCAAAGUCUCUGUCUAUUGCUUGGACCUGAUUGGCCGCCUCCGCACAGAGGGAAAGAGAGAGGUGGAGAGAGGGUGAGCGUGUGAUGAAAGACCUGGGGAGGAGUUAGAGCAUGUGAGCAGUGACAGAGAGCAAAGAAAGGCAACAACAGAGAAGACGCAGUGAUUUGAAGAGCAGGAGAAAGAAGAGAAAAGGAAGGGAUAUCCUCAGAAUUCACCUCUUCUUUCAGAACGAGAAAAACAACAUCUCGUCCUUCCUCCCUCACUCCUCCUAUUUUUUUAUUACUCAGCUGGGGCGGAUCUUCUCCUUCCCGCAGCCUUUUGCAGCAACACAAAAGCCUGAAUGAUGCGAGAGGAAGCGCAGAAGAGGCCGGCAGACAUGAAGAGAUGACUAGUCUGUGUGAUAGGUUAGCAUGUGGGGUUGACAGUUGUGAGUGUGUCUGUGUGUGUGGAUGAGUGUGUGUGGGCGUCCCUAAGCUCUUGUUGGCUUUGACCAAAUGGAAUCUGGCUGGGCUAGUUGGCAUGGAGAAGGAUGCAAGGUGCUGUCUUGCUAGGUAGAUUGCUGCCAGCAAACAAACACCCUCUUGUUUUCAGUCUACCCUCCGUUUACCAGUGAGUCUAGCCGAGUUAAUUCAAUUCAAUUCAAUUCAGUUCAGUUUUAUUUGUAUAGCGCAUAUUUACAACAAGUCAUCUCAUAGAGUUAAAUGUAUGCAGCGUGUGUUGUGAUUUUUGUGGUUUUGCAUUUUGUUGAUUUUUUUUUUCUCAACUCUGAACUCACCCUUACUAACCACAGCAUGCACUUAGUGUGUAUCUGUCCUGACUGACACCCCUGUUGUAAGAAAGUCCUGAAAGGCGGCUCCCUUCAUGUGAUUUUGCAGCGACAUCGAGACCUUGCCACGGCUCAGCUCAUUAAGUCAGAGGGCAGCAAGCUGGUGCCUUCCCCAUUUUUGUUUUGCCUCCCUUUAGUCUCUAUCUCCAUCCCUUUAUCCCCCCUGAGGCCCCAUUGUCAUCAUUAAUUUUUAGCUGCCCAUUAAUAAUGAAAGGAAUGGAGUCUCUUCUGGUCUAGUGCCUUAAGGGUGAGAGGCAGACGGAGAAGGAUAACAAGAAAACUGAGAGUUGGAAAACAGAUAAGAGCUAAACACUGGACCAGAGACUACUUCUGUGAGAGAGAGUUGGAGGGGUGUGUCCGGCACUAACUGAAUAUACGGAGUCUCACGUAUUUUGACACAGAUUUGUUUUUGCUGAACAGAGGCAACUUACAGGAAGUAUGUACGGGAAUGAAUUUCAAAGACCUAAGGUUCUCAUUUGAAGAAGCACUGAAGAGAAAACGGAUGUGGAAAAUUAACAGAGGAGUCAACAGUACAGUCCCCUAAAUAAAGGACCACUUGUUUAGUGUCUGACAGUUGAUGGACAAAGCAAGGAGAAGGAAAGACGUUAUGAUGUAACUUCUUCGAUGUGAACAGACUUCUAGGAAGUGCCUGAACUUUGUAACUUGUGAAGAAAAACCAAAAAGGAAAAGAUACCUAAACUCACAUUACCAUGGAUGACUCAAGUAUUUUGAGACGCAGGGGCCUUCAGAAGGAGCUGAGCCUUCCCAGACGAGGCAGUUUCUGUCGGGCAAGCAACAGGAAGAGCCUGAUUGUGACGUCCAGCACCUCUCCCACCCUGCCACGACCACACUCACCUCUGCAUGGACACACAGGUACCAGCCCACUGGACAGCCCUCGCAACUUCUCUCCCAACACAGCUGCACACUUUUCCUUCGUUCCUGCACGCAGUCACGGACACAGGGCUGACAGGACGGAUGGUAGACGCUGGUCUCUUGCCUCGUUGCCGUCGUCCGGAUAUGGCACCAACACUCCAAGCUCUACUGUCUCGUCCUCCUGUUCAUCUCAGGAGAAGCUGCACCAGCUGCCCUUCCAGCCCACACCUGACGAGUUGCACUUCCUCACCAAACACUUCAGCUCCGAGAGUAUCACGGACGAGGAGGGACGACGCUCUCCUGCCAUGAGACCGAGGUCUCGCAGCCUCAGCCCUGGGCGCUCACCUGUCUCCUUUGACCAUGAGAUCAUGAUGAUGAACCAUGUGUACAAGGAGAGGUUUCCUAAGGCAACAGCUCAAAUGGAAGAGCGUCUGGCCGAGCUGCUCUCCUCCUCAGCUCCGGACAAGGUUUGCCCACUGGCCGAUGGUGUCUUGAGCUUCAUCCACCAUCAGCUGAUAGAGCUGUCCAGAGACUGCCUGGAGAAAAGCAGAGAGGCCCUCAUCACCUCCCGCUAUUUCUACGAACUCCAGGAGAAUCUGGAAAAGCUGCUGCAAGAUGCUCAUGAGCGUUCAGAAAGUGUGGAGGUUACCUUUGUCACACAACUUGUCAAGAAGCUGAUGAUAAUCAUCGCACGGCCAGCCCGUCUCCUGGAGUGUCUGGAGUUUGAUCCAGAGGAGUUCUACCACUUGUUGGAGGCUGCUGAGGGCCAUGCAAAGGAAGGUCAGGGUAUCAAGUCGGACAUUCCCCGAUACAUUAUCAGCCAGCUGGGCCUCACCAGGGACCCUCUAGAGGAAAUGACCCAGCUGAGCAGUUAUGAUAGUGGAAACCCAGAAACCCCAGAAACGGAUGAUUCAGUUGAUAAUCAAGGAACUACAGUCCCAGCAGUACAACCACAGAGUAAAACCAAAACCCCUCGAGAGGAGGACUUUGAAAACAUCAAGCUCAUCAGUAACGGAGCUUAUGGUGCUGUAUUUCUUGUACGUCACAAGGAGACCAGGCAGCGAUUCGCCAUGAAGAAGAUCAACAAGCAGAACCUGAUCCUAAGGAACCAGAUCCAGCAGGCCUUUGUAGAACGAGACAUCCUAACAUUUGCUGAAAACCCAUUUGUUGUCUCUAUGUUCUGUUCCUUUGAGACCAGGAGACACCUCUGUAUGGUGAUGGAGUACGUGGAGGGUGGAGACUGCGCCACACUGCUGAAGAAUAUUGGAGCCCUGCCAGUCGAUAUGGCUCGUAUGUACUUUGCUGAGACAGUCCUUGCAUUAGAGUAUCUUCACAAUUAUGGCAUCGUACACAGAGACCUCAAACCUGACAAUCUUCUCAUCACAUCCAUGGGACACAUCAAGCUGACUGACUUUGGCCUCUCUAAAAUUGGUUUGAUGAGUUUGACCACAAACCUCUAUGAAGGACACAUAGAAAAAGACACUAGGGAGUUCCUGGAUAAACAGGUAUGUGGCACUCCAGAGUACAUUGCCCCAGAGGUGAUUCUCCGUCAGGGCUACGGGAAGCCAGUGGACUGGUGGGCAAUGGGAGUCAUCCUGUACGAGUUCCUGGUGGGCUGCGCUCCCUUUUUCGGAGACACCCCAGAGGAGCUGUUCGGUCAAGUCAUCAGUGAUGAGAUCAUCUGGCCAGAGGAGGAUGAAGCUCUGCCUCAGGAAGCUCAAGACCUCAUCUCCAAGCUGCUGAGACAAAAUCCUCUAGAGAGACUGGGCACAGGAAGUGCCUUUGAGGUGAAGCAGCACCCUUUCUUCACAGAGCUGGACUGGAACAGCCUCCUGAGGCAGAAAGCUGAAUUUAUUCCCCAGCUGGAGUCCGAGGAUGACACAAGUUAUUUUGACACUCGUUCUGAUCGAUACCACCAUGUGGAUUCAGAGGAAGACGAUGACACUAACGACGACGAACAUGUAGAGAUACGACAGUUCUCCUCUUGCUCACCUCGCUUUAGCAAGGUGUACAGCAGUAUGGAGCGUUUGACUCUGCAUGAGGAGAAAAGGACUCCUCCUCCCACAAAACGCAGUCUCAGUGAAGAGGGAGGAGAUCGCAUCGACAGCCUGAGUGGCCUAAAGUCCAGAGAUCGAUCCUGGCUGGUGGGAUCUCCGGAAAUACUGAGAAAGCGUCUGUCAGUCUCUGAGUCUUCACACACAGAAAGUGACUCAAGCCCACCUCUGACAGUCAGGAGACGCUGCUGCUCUGCCAUCAUUGAGAUGCCACGCUUUGCUAUCUCCUCAGAGGAAGAAGCUGGCAGUCGCAAUAGUCCAAACCUGCUGGGUCCUAGUGCAGUGAGGGGCCCACGGAGUGAGGAUAUCCCCCUCGCCAUCCCAGAGCUCCCAGUGGAGAGGGAGCUGAAGCUGGAUGAGUGUCCUGCCACAACAAGCUCCACCUCAAGCCAGCUGAGCAAGGCCAAGCUCACGUCGGGCAGCUCAAGCGACAUGUGUGAACGGCCUAAUGGCAGUAGUAGUGCAGUAGGUGGAGGUGCCAAAGCUGCAGUGGAUAGCAGUUCUCCAUCCACUCCAAAAGCCAUCAGCGACUUGGCAGCUCGUAGAGCUCGCCAUCGUCUGCUGUCUGGAGAUGCAGACAAGCACACAACUCCAAGCACUAGGCCACUCAACAAGGUCAUCAAGUCAGCCUCCGCCACCACGCUGUCGUUGAUGAUCCCUGCAGACCACCACGGAGCCUCUCCACUGGCCAGCCCAAUGUCUCCCCACUCACUGUCAUCCAAUCCAUCAUCUCGGGACUCCUCUCCAAGCCGGGACCUGUCCCCAGCAGUGAGCAGCGUUAAACCUGCCAUUGUCAUUCACAGAGCGGGAAAGAAGUAUGGCUUUACACUGAGAGCUAUCCGAGUCUACAUGGGAGACUCUGAUAUCUACACUGUACAUCACAUGGUCUGGCAUGUGGAGGUGGGGGGACCAGCCCACGAGGCAGGGCUAAGGGAGGGAGACCUGAUCACCCAUGUCAACGGGGAGCCAGUCCACGGUCUGGUUCACACAGAGGUGGUGGAGCUUAUUCUGAAGAGUGGUUCCAAAGUGUCCAUCUCUGCCACCCCAUUUGAGAACACAUCAAUCAAAAUUGGCCCUGCUCGAAAGACGAGCCACAAAUCCAAGAUGGCAAGACGCAACAAGAAGACCAAGAACAAGGAGGGGCAGGACAGUAAGAAGAGGACGUCUCUGUUCAGGAAGAUCACCAAGCAAGCAUCUCUCCUCCACACCAGCCGCAGUUUAUCCUCUUUAAACCGCUCCCUGUCCUCAGGGGAAAGUGGCCCCGGCUCACCAACGCACAACUUGUCACCACGAAGCCCAACGCAGGGCUACAGGUCCACCCCAGACUCCACCCACUCAGUUGGAGGAAACUCUUCUCAGAGCAGCUCCCCCAGCUCCAGCGUCCCUAACUCCCCAGCGAGCUCCGGCCACAUCCGGCCCAGCUCCCUGCACGGCCUUGCUCCAAAACUUCAGCGCCAGUAUCGCUCCCCUCGACGCAAGUCUGCCGGCAACAUCCCCCUUUCCCCUCUGGCCCGCACACCCUCGCCCACCCCACAAAGCAGCUCUCCUCAGCGCUCUCCCUCACCACUGCCCAGCCAUGCUCUGGGUCAGUCUGCCGUGGGUCAGUCAUUCCCUGUGAAGCUUCACUCCUCCCCUCCUCUUGUGAGGCAGAUCUCCAGGCCCAAGAGCGCAGAGUCUCCACGGUCUCCACUCCUCAAGCGGGUGCAGUCAGCCGAAAAACUGGGUGCCUCUCUCUCCAGCUCCCCUUCAUCUCCCUCUGGGGCAGCAGCAGUGACGGAGAGGAAGCUGGUAGUGGGAGCAACAGUGGGGAGCAGGAAACACAGUCUGGACAUCUCACAUUCAGAGUUUAAGAAAGAGAUUCUGCAGAGGGAGCCAAGCUUGCAGAGUCUUCAGGAGUCAGCUAGCGAGGGUCUCUUGUGCUCAGCAGGACGUAGCAUAGAGAAAGGAAGCCUGCAGACUCACUCCUCCUCAUCCAGGAAGUUAGGACGUCAGGAAGGGGAUGGUGCCCUCAGUGCAGUGUCCAGCUCACUGGGUCUGGCUACCGGGAAGAACAAGCUGAAGGACAAACUGUCAGCCAUUCGCCAGGACAGAGCCGAGAGGAGGGAGUCACUGCAGAAGCAAGAUGCCAUCCAUGAGGUAGAUUCAUCUGAGGACGAGACAGAUGAGGGCUCAGAGGACAGCCAGGACGGACGCCGGGGGACAACCUUCACCCCUCCUCCCUUGCUGAGGCCCACCACUGUGAGAACAGGGCCCGGAGGCACGCUGCCGUCCCUAUGCAUCUCUCCCUACACCACCCACGCCACAUUCAGUCACACAGGGCCCUCACAGUUAGGCAGGCCCACUCCCUCACACACACUACCCUCCGUUGCAGAAAGUAAGUCCAGUCAGAACACCUCCUCUGCUGGAGACCCGACCUCAUCCACAGAAGUUCUAAGACAAGAGGGGAAGGUUCUAGAGCUGACUGGUACUGCAAAACCCACUUGGGGUCCCCUUCCUUUCUCCACUCCAGGCAGUGCAUUCAUCUCAGUCAGCAAGGACAGUUUUCUCAAGCCAACUCCUCCACAAGACUCAAAGAGUAUUGAGAGAAAGACUGCAUCACUGGAGUCCAGAGCAGGGGAACAAAGCCUGGACAGCCCUAAAACCACUGCCCCCUCUACAGUGAGUAUAAACACUCCCGACUGCAGAACCACUACAAAUGCCACAGACUCUCGGACCACCACAAGCACUCCAGACUGUCGAACCACUGACAGCCAAGAGAUUCCCCGCACCUCCUGUUCCUCUCCAGGCAUCCCCAAGGAAAAGAAGGAGGCUGACAACCGGCGACUAUGUGCAGCCGUGGCUGCUGCAAGUCUUAGUGCUUCGUCUUCAGCCACUUCGAGCUCCAGCUUAAGUUCAAGCUCCUCACUUCCACCUCCCGAGAGAGGGAUAGAAAAAGUGGUGUCCCAGCUUGCAACAGUAACUAAGAGUGUUCUGGGUCCUAUCAAACUCAGUACUGCUGCAGAGAAGGGCACACAGGACCAGAAACUAUCUAGAAAUAGCACCUCAGAAGUCUCACUUUCUGAGCCCCUCUCCUUUCCCUCUAAACAGGUUGCAACCCUUUCCCCAACGAGGCAGAAAACAAAGUGCGUUGCUUUGCCAGCCACCUCACAGAGACUGGCCAAAACCUCCACCCAGAAAGACUGUGCAGCCCCACCACCACCAUCCUGCAAGGAUGUCCCAGAAAGGCCCACAACAGGGUCUGCAGCCCGAGAUAUUGCUGCCAGUGCAUUUGAACGACUGGGUGCAGCAGAAGCUCGGCACACCCUCAGCUCACCCCCCACCACUUCUGCAGCAUCUGAGCCACAGUGCCAGAGGUCCAAAACCCCAACUGCCACCACUGCUACAGCCAGUGCCAUGUCCUCUUCGUUGCAACAAGACAAAGCCACCAGCAAAAAGACGUAGCAUCAAAACAGAAAGUACAGAAUAAAAUGUACAGGUCACACCACUCAGUGCUUGCUUGAGAUUUUAAAAGUCACAAAAACUGCAUGUUUAGAAGAAAACAUAUUAGUGAUUUCACACUGUUUAGAGUUUGAAUUUCAAAGCAAAAAAAACGGUGUUGAAAGAGAGUUCACAAAAGCUGAGACAGAUGCAGUAGUCCUAGUUCUAUUCCAGUUUUUCUGUGCUCUUUAUGUUCUUUAAGUUAAUUUGGUGUCCUGACUUUGGUUCCUGCUUUUAGAUGAAAUGCCACAAGGAGUUUUCAAAUAUGUAAGGGGAAAGAAAUAUAAAGACUUCAUUGUUCCACACACACACUAUAAAAGUAGAAACAUUACCCUUACACAAACCUUUCUCACUCAUGGUCUGAUUGUGCUGUCUCAUUAUUUUUCACCUCGAUGUCCAGAAUUCAUACAUGCAUGUUCUUUUACAAGUUCAGGAUAUCUCCUGCUGAACGCACUCCUCUUUUUCCUUAUCCCUUCUCUUCUUCCUCCCACCCCUCCUUUAACAACAUGUCUACUCAGCCAUGACUGGAAGAAUAUUGUAUCUCAGCAAUAAAGUGUAUCAUAUGGUUAGCAAUCUGUGUAAAUGCAUUACAGUGUUUUUAUUAGGAAUAAAUCUGUAUCAUCAGUGUACACCGAGCACACAGCUAACAAGGCCAAAUUAAAUUCUUCUCUUGGUUUGAUCCCUGGUGGCAAUUUAUAUACUAAUACCCUGAAUAUCUUUCAGUUUAUUGCACAUCAAAUUGUGUACAUGCUGGACAGUUUGCAAAGGACAACAUGCUUCUUUUUUUAGAUAAAACAAUUUUUGUUCCCAGUGUUUCAGACUAUCAAUUCUAUCAUGUGAUUGUAAGGUACAGUGUUACAUCACUCUCACCAAUUUCCAAUUGCUGUUUCUAUUUUUGGAUCCUGAUUGGCAACAAACAAACAUGUGUUAGCUCAAAUGCUAACAAAUUUUGUUGAAACAUGGAUCUCUCCGUUUUUGUCACUGGCAAAACUACAGCAACAGAUUGUAUCAGUCCUUGGUUAUUACUUUUAUUGUAUGUUGGAAAUAGACCUAAAUACAUUCAGUAAAAAUGAUUUGCUGCAGACUACUGGUGCAGCAUAGUUCCUUGGAUGUCUUUUAGUUCUUUACCUUGUGACACCCUUCAUCAGCGUAUUAGUACCAUGUGCAAUGAAGGAUACAAAAAGAUGAAAAAGGGUGUGGAUUGAACUGGAUUUUAUUGACACAGUCCUAAAUGCAGAAAAAGCUUCAAAACUGAGUGGUUGUUUUGAAAACACUGUUCUGCUAGGCCACCACCUUUUUAUUUGUAGCUCCAGCCUCUGAAGGCAGCCGUAGUUUUAUUUAUCUGGACCAACUUGCUGUGUUUUUGCCUCUAAUCCUGUAAAGUUACAUGUGUGUGAGAAGAGAGAGUGUGUGUAUCUAUGUAUAUAUGAAAAAUAUUUAAAGUUUUUUGUGUAUCUACUUCAUACCCUCUAUGCGCGCGUGUGUGUGUGUGUGUGUGUGUGUGAGUGUGUGUGUGUGCUAGCUACCUACUUGUAUUUGUGGACAGAGCUCUUUACAUGUUUGUGUAAAGCAUCAGGCUUUUUACAGAACAUUUAUCGUGUGUCUGAGUUGCGAGAAAAACACAAAAUAUCAGUAAAAGGAAAAGCAGAUUGACAUAUUUGAACAGUGACUGUUUCGUGUUUGAAAAAAAGUUACCUUUCAAAAUCAGCUAGAAGCACAGAGAGUCCAACCCACACUGAAAUAUUUCUUGCUGUGUUUCCACAAAGUUGAACAAAAAUCAGUCUGCAGGCCAGAUUUUAGAGCAUGCAUGGACAGAUUUGUUAGCACUGACAAAGUUCUCGAGCAAGUGAGGGCAGAAAUGUGAGCAUAUAUAAAGAUUUGUGGCCAAAGUUAUAUCUUGCGGUUUUAGUGGGCAGCAAAUAUUUCUGGAGUAUGGUGACUUUGGUUUGGAUCUGGUUCUAAUUUGAUAAAAUACCCAAGACCAAUGAAUUGUUAUUCUGGAUUCAUAUUUGAUCAAAUGCUUUUAAGGCUGAAAACUAGCAAAAUGUUGUCUUUUUUUCUCUUUCUUCAGGCUUUUCUGCUUUUAGUUUUGAAGAGUUUAGUGUUUUUUUCGCUUGCAAAGUAUGCUCUGAUGUCUAGCUAUAGAAGUUAACCUUCAGUAAGCUUCAUCCAGUUUUUCAUCAAUUUAAAAGACCUAAGCCGGGAGAAAAAGAAAAAACAAAACAAAACAAAGACUUACACAUAAUAUGGGUGUUUCGUGUCAAAUAUUUGAAGUGCUCAAGUCCAGUGGCACAUUAAUGCAGGAUUUAUUGCUUAAAACGAGAGUAGGACAAUAUUAUUGACAGCUUACUAUAUAUCGCAGCACAUGUGGGCCUGUAACGUACAAGAAAUGUCGAUAUAGAAAUAACCAAAAUAUGAUUUAAAUGUCUCCAGUACAUAGUUUUUAGGCAUCCUUGUCAAAAUUCAGUAUUUAUAUUUAAAAAAAGAAAAAGAAGAAGAAAAGAAAAAAUAUAGGCCAAUAUAUACUAAUCUAAUCAAAUAUCCAUAUCAGUGUCUUUAAAAUUCAUAGAAAUGUUGUUUGACUUUACUAAAAACUAUUUUAUUUGCUUAAUUUGUGUCUGUGGGCUCUCAGCUGACUACUUGAUUCAUAAUUAAGUACAUCAGGCUCAGUAAAUCCUGAAAUGUAGUUCUUGCUCAGUAGUUUUCCAGUAAAUAUCAUGAAUAUUAGUAGGAGGUCUGAACUUUUGUCUCCUCACACUGCUCAAGUUUUUACUAUUAUUUGACUUCAGCUGGGAUUUUAAUAUGUAAUGUUUUUGUGUAAUGAUGUUAAAUCCAGCCCACCUGCUCUCAGCUGGUUGUCCUAUCAGUUCUAUACAGACAGCUGCUUCACACACACACACACACACACACACACACACACAUCAAUAUUUGUGCCAUCUAAUGUAACAGUGCCAAUUUCACCAUGUCUUCUGGCAGUAUAAACACACGCACACACCUUCUUGUGUGUGUAAAGAUGAUGGUUCAGCCAUACACUAGAGAGUAAAGCAAUUGUUAGUUUCUAUGGUGGAGUGAUUGAUCUGAAGCUCUGACACACACACAGGAUCAGGUUAGCCAACACAGACACUUUGAGCAUCCCUCAGGCUCCUCUCUCCUGCCCUGUCCUGGCAUGAGCAGCUCAGCAGUUACUUUUUGUUGGCAGUGUGUUUGACCUCCAUGCUGUAUUUGCCCAUUAUGCUGCUCUGUGACCGAGGGCCAUGAAUCAGACCUGCCGCUACAGAAGUUUGAUAAGCUACUGAGAGACAAAAAAGAAGUGUAAUUGGACCAGUUAUCAGUUUCAGAAUCAGAAUUUGAGAACAUUGGCAUGGAUUUUUUUCAGUAGAUAUAGAAUGAGUCCUACAAGUUCAAGCUUGUGAUUAGUUUUUCCAGUUGGGGAGAGUUGCUAUAUUUGUACUGAAAUAUAUUUUUCAAUAUAUUACUUUUCCCCAAAACCUAUAUUUUCAUUCAGCAAAGACAUUCAAUGAUAGGCAUUCAUAAAUAAAUUUUUCCCAAAAUAGUACAAAAAAAAUAAAAAAAAGUUAUAUCAAAACAGUCUGAUUAAAUAAAAAGUAAACAACAUCAUAAAUCUGGUCAAAAUGAAAAUUUGAAAAAAUUCAACCUUAUUUUAAAAAGUCCACAGCUGUAUCCUAACAUCCAUGCAUGGAUCAGUGUACUUUAAGCUCUCCAGCUAAAAGCUAGCUUCAGAAAAAAUAAAAGCAAGUUUUCCCCUAAGGAUAGGUGAAGUUUUUUUCAACAACUUAUUAUGUAGGUAAUAAUCUGUCUCUGCUCUUAGAAGUUGUUUUAGCUUGACGGCUUAAAUUUGAUUCUGUAGUUGGUUUUGUCAUAAGUAAUCUUGCAUAGCUGACAGUAACCACUUCAUGUUGGUGUGAAGAUUUCCAGCUUCCACAAAAUCAACAUUUUACGUUCAAGACUUUCUCUGUGCCAACAAAUAUGUCCUUUCACUCACUAUGAUUUAUUACUACUCAUCUUUUUUACUAUUCUUCUGCAGCAGUUUUGUUAUUGAUUCAUCUCCCCCAGUUCACUAAACAUAUUGGCAUGUUUUGCUCAGUAUCAGGCAGUCAUCUUAAAACUCGUAUUGUGCUUAUCUGUCCCAUAUUUGAUGCCAUGACUGAUUUACAUGUCAGCUGUGAUUUUGCCACUAAUACGCUCGCAUAUAUCUCACUCUGAGCACUGUGAGGAAGCAGCUCUGUCUGUGAGGUACAAAUAUACAAACAAGACUUGGUACGAAUUGAAGCUUUAUCACCACUGAAACACCAGACAUACCUCUUCUGAACCACCAUUCAAAAGAUUCCAUGAUGUUUCAAUGUGCAGUUUGUUAAACGUGUACCAGUAUGUUAGGGGGCUGUUGCAGCUCUGAUGAGCAGAAAAAAGGACUUUAACUUGACUUUUACAGUCAAGAGCAGUAUUCCCAAACUGUGUGUGUUGUGUGCUUGUGAUGAAGAUGACAAAGACAAUUCAUCUGUGCAGCGCAAAAGCUUGACAAAGGUUUUAAGAAAGGAAGAAAAAAAAUCAUUGCUAGAGAAAUACUAGUGCAAUAUCUUUUUAUUUUUUAUUGUGGUAAAUGCAUGUUGUUGUCAAUUUUACUUUAUAACAAUAAUAAAGCUUUUUUUAUGAUUGUC